UCCUUCUUAUCAAUGAUUUAUCACGGGUAAUGGCAUGAUAAGCUCAGAAUGGAGGCUCUUCAGGAGAAACUCCAGCAAGUCAGUCAGCGCCAUCAAAAGGCACAGGAAAAGAUGAAGAUUUACAAUCCAGAUCUGAAGAACAUUACCUCAGUUCAUGAAGCUCAAGUGUACCAGCAAUUCCUUACCGAUUCACUUCGACAUGUAGAGAAGCUGAAGGCAGAGUUGCUUGGUAAACAAAUCAUGGUACAAGAAUCUGGGACUGUGGAGGUGAUUUCUCCCAACAUAAAAAAUAUGGGGUUGAUGACUGAAGGGUCUGCAGAAGCUAGCAGGAAUAGGAAUUCCACAGCAAAUGAUCAUGACCAGCCAAAAACAACAUAACCUUCCACCACUGGGUAACUUUAGAUUUCUUAAAGGCUCAUAGCCAUUGGAAUCUUUAGAGUGCAAAGCCUACUCCAAGGUCGAAUAUCAAGUGAGAGUCAUAUAUGGUUGUCCAAGAAUAUACUCCUUUAAUCAACUUUGAGUGAUUUUCCAUAAGUAAUAGAUUUUGGGUUUUACCAAUAAAUUUUGUAGACUUUUGGUCCUUGUCAAACUUUGCAAUGCAAUGGAAAGUGUAUAUGUGGUGAAUUAUUACAUAAACCCAUCAAGUUUUUAUGAUGCUAAAUCAAACUUGUCUUGUAUAUUUCUAAUUA